AUGAAGGCCUGGAACUGGCUGGACUUCAUCGUGAUUUUGACAGCUCUCAGCUCAGACCUGCUCAAUCAGUUCUUGCGAUCUCAUGGUGGCCUUUCAAUUGGGCUCAUGUCUGCACUGAUGCAAAAAGUGACUUGCGAAGGCUUGGGCGACUUAUCUGCCAGGCGGGCUUCGUUUCGGUUUGACCGGGACACGCACCUGUUUUUGGCCGUUGAGCAUGCUACAAUCUGCCAAAAGUACUCGCUCAACGCCGCUCAACAGAAGGGCUGUCUUCAGUCUACAUUGACACGGACCGAUUCGCACAUUGACACGGAUUCCAGGAGGUGGAGCAGACAGGUGCAGUCCUCGGAUGUCAUCAGUUCAGGGGUCAUGAAAGACCGAGUCUACGAUCUCCUUGAGGGAGCCAUGUUCGUUAAGAACGUACCUUUGUUCAGCACCUUGACCUGGGGCGAGGGUGGACGGGGCUUUGCCACUUGCUUCCCGAGUCUGGGCUUCUUCCGCGUCUUCCGCGCCCUGCGGCCGCUACGGUCACUAAACGCGGUUCCGCAGAUGAAGGCUGGGGGAGAGGUGGGAGAGAGAGUGACAGAGGCGUGCUGGCCUCUGCAAGAAGCUGUCGGCACGUUGCUUCGCGAUUCGACCAAAAAGCAGGAUGUCCUCGUGAACACGGUCAUCAGUUCUGUUCCCCGCCUCGGCAAUGUGUCCGCUGUGGGAGCCUUCCUUUUCCUCGUCUUUGGCAUCGUAGGUGUCACUCUCAUGAGCGGUGUUUUUAAUCGGCUAUGCCACACAGCUCAGAAUCCCGUUCUAGUCUUUCAAAAUGGCACCGGGACCCAGUGUUGGUCCUGGCCGUAUGCAGAGGACGACCGCCUGUGUGGCGGUGCCUACAACUGCGAAGCUUCUGGCGGCUUCUGUGGUGGCCUCGAAGAGGACCAACGAGAGGAGCUGAGGCCCAACUUCGGCGCGAAUGGCAGGAUGAACCUGCCCUGGUGCGUGGGAAGUGAGCCCAAAAAGCUGACGCCCGAUUCGGAGUACAUGAACUUCGACAACAUGCUCUGGGCUUUGCUGGUUGUCUUCCAAUGCAUGACAAUGGAGGGCUGGACCGAUAUCAUGUACCGCGUGCAAGAUGCCUACGACUUUGUGGCUGCCACGCUCUACUUCUUCUUGCUGAUACCGCUUACUUCUUUCUUCCUGCUGAACGUAGCGCUGGCCGUGGUAGACGAGGCCCGCGCCGACUUUGAUGAGGAGGAGGCAUCGGAAGAAGAAGAGAGCAAUGAAAAGGACGGAGAAGCCCUCCGAAAGUCUCUUCUAGGCGAGGACGACGAGGAUCCGGACGAGCAGCCACCCUGGCUGGAUUGUAGUCUAGUGCAUACCUGCAGAGCCAUUGCCUUCAGCGAGUGGUUUAUGAACAUUAUCAUGCUCUUUAUUGUCAGCAAUGUCAUCACGAUGAUGAUGGAGAGCUUCCCACCACCCGGGGCUCCCCAGCAGGACAUAGUCGGUUCACUGGAACUUACCUUUUUGGUGGUCUUCUGCGUGGAGAUGGCCGUGUUGCUGACUGCACUAGGCCCGCACAAGUACUUCUCGAAUCCAGUGACGGCUUUUGAUGGUGUCAUCGUGAUAACUUCUGUCGUCCAGAUGUGUGUUGGGCAAGCCGGCCCCUUUACAGCGCUGCGGACGCUGCGCCUCUUCAGGGUCCUGAACAAGUUGGCCAACCGCUGGCCAUCUUUCAAGGUGCUCCUCAAGGCAAUGGUUUUGACAGCCAUUUCCCUGAAUUACUGGCUCAUCCUCUUUGCGCUGGUCCUGUACAUCUGCACGCUUAUGGUGCAAACAUUCUUUGCAACGGAGUUUCACUUCAACGACCCUGACAGUUUCGAUUAUGUGACCAACCCUGGUGAGUUUUGGUGUCCUGGGACGGAGAAUGAGAAAGAGGCAGCUUAUCGUCAGGACUGCAUCCCGCGUGCCAACUUCGACACCUUCCUUUGGGCUCUGGUCACAAUCUUCCAGAUCAUGACAGGUGAGAACUGGAACACCGUGAUGUAUGCGGGGAUGCGAGCUGCAGGUCCUGGUUUUUGCCUCCUCUUUGUGCUGCUUAUCCUUUUUGGUCAGACGCUUUUCCUCAGCUUGUUCCUUUCCAUGCUGAUGUCCAAGUUCGACCACGUACAGGACAGCUUGAACCAGCAAGAGGAUUUACGAAGAGAACACACGGCACAGCGGCUCAGAAAAAAGUCGCUGGAAUCGUGUUCCAUUGAAUUCCCAGAGAGUCCGAAGCCGGCAAGCAGCCGCGUGCUGCACUCGGCCAAGAGCAUGGCCGAGAGCCUCUCCAGCUUCAAGCGGUCGCUCACCGAGAGGGACACCUGGCCAGUGGGCUACGCAUGGUUCAUCUUCUCCAAGACCAAUCCCGUUAGGAAGCUCUGCCAUUGGAUCUUGCACGCUCAGGUCGAGGUCGGAGGCUGCAAGAUCCUGUGGGUUAAAACACCCAAAAUUCGAUUGGUCUUUGAUAACUUCAUUCUGCUCUGCAUCCUGGUCUCCACGGUUACCAUGGCGAUGGACUCUCCUUUGGCGGACCCAAAAGAGUCGCUGACGAUCUUCUUGCGUGGUGCAGACGAGGUGUUUGCGAUCAUCUUCAUUGGAGAGAUGGUCAUCAAGCUUCUUGCGUUGGGCCUGAUCUGGGGAGAGGAUGCCUACUUGAAGAGUGCGUGGAACUGGCUCGAUGGUGUGGUGGUCAUGGUCUCCAUCAUCAACAUGGCCAGCUCCAGCUCCACGGGCUUCCUGAAGACGCUGCGCAUCCUCCGUGCUUUCCGGCCGCUGCGCGUCAUCUCCCGCAACGAGAACCUGAAAGUUGUGGUACAGACAAUCUUCGCUUCCAUGCCUCACCUGCUGACCUUGGUCAUUGUGGCAAUGCUCUUCCUUCUGAUUUUCGCUUUGUUCGGGCUGUCCUACCUUAAUGGCACAUUUUUGAUGUGCGAUCUGGCGACCGAGCCGGGCCUUGCGAAAGAGCUCGGUCAGGACUUUACAACACCGUUGUGCUUUCCGCCUGCAAUAGAUCAGGUAACCGUCUCCGGUGGCCUGACCCAUGGCCAGUUCCAGCCAAGCACAUCCAGCUGGACUGGCAACACCACGGCCUGUCCGGGUUCGCACUACGUGGAAUAUCAGCGGAUUACAGCAGACACGCCUAUUUGCAUCGGACGCUGUCUCCCUCAAGGCUACUCCACGUUUGCACAACCGGAAUGGCUCUGCCCAAAGGCCCUGACCAUGACGGAAGAACUUCCAGCAGCCUGCGGACCUGGCGUCAGCAGGAACAUCUCCGCUGCUGAACAACGAGGGAUUGCGUAUGUGGACCAGAUGACUCGAUCUCUGAUUCUUCCCUGCGGCGGGAGUACUGUGAACUCCACUGGCCACAUGGUACUUACGGCACAGGGGAUGAGCUGCGCUGACCUGUUCUGCGGCGAGGUCGACGAAGAUGUGAAGACCCAGUGCCGUGCAACUUGCAGCCAGGCUCCAUACUUCUGUGUGGAUGCAUGCGGGCCCGGUUUGGAAGGAAGUGCCCAAUGUGAGUCCUGCAAGUACGAGUGCGAGGCACAGUGCAGGUGCCCAGAGUUCUGCGAGGGCCUGAUCCGAGAUGCUGCGCUCUGCCUAGAGCAGGGCUCGAGGUGGGUGCCAACCAUCAGCCAAAACUUCAACAACAUUUGGUUUGCAAUGCUCACCCUCUUUGAGAUUUCGACCACGGAGGGCUGGGUGGAUGUGAUGUACUCUGCUGCAGACUCUGUGCAGCCUUACGUGCAGCCCAAGAGAGACAACCAAGAGAUGCUGUGGGUUCCCUUCUUUAUGCUGUACCUUUUCUUCAGCAAUAUGUUCAUCAUCAACUUGAGCGUGGGCGUCAUUGUCGACAAGUUCAUGUCUAUGAAGCAAUCCAACACUGCGGUGAUGCUGACAGAACCGCAGAAGAACUGGGUGAAUUCCAUCAUGAGCCUGUACUCAAGGCGGCAGAUUGUCAACCUCAUGGACCUUCACGAAAAGCCUUGGUUGAGACGGAAAUGCUAUGAGCUGGUAUCCAGCGAAUUCUUCGAGACCAGCAUCAUGGGUGCAAUCGUGAUCAACACGCUGUUCCUGGCAGCCAAGAUCACUCCCACCCCGUUUCCGGAGUGGGAGACAUUUCUGGAGACAGUGAACUACAUCUUUGCCGGGAUCUUCACUGUUGAGUGCGUGCUCAAGAUAUUCGCUUUGCGAACCAACUACUGGGGAGACCGAUGGAAUUGCUUCGACUUCACAUGCGUUGUUGCUACGAUUGUGGGCAUUGUCGUCAGCAGAGCCUCCAAUGUCAGGAUCGACCCCAUCAUCCAAGUGAUCCGCAUCUUUCGCAUUGCGAGACUAUUCCGGCUCCUACGAUUCUUGAAGGGCUUGAACAAGAUCUUCAUGGCGUUGUUGAUGUCAUUGCCAAAGCUCAUGAACGUUCUGCUGAUCCUGUUGCUCUUGCUCAUUCUAUACAGCAUUCUGGGCGUCAGUCUUUUCUCGACGACCAAGCUUGGAGAGACUUUGAAUGUUCAUGCGAACUUCCAGAAUUUCAUUUUGGCCUUCAUCACGCUGUUCCGAGCCUCGACAGGGGAGGCCUGGAAUGAGAUUAUGCACGAGCUGGCGAUGACCGAGGUGGAACUGUACAAGCAGGGUGAGUGGUGCUCUCCGGUGGAGCUUUUCGACACGGAAGCCAAGUUUGAGGUGCUCAAGGACAAGUGCCUCAUCGAGCACCCGAAUAGUUGUGCGCAAAGUCCGUACUUUUCCUUCUGCUUCUGGGUGACCUACACCUUGCUGAUCACCUUCAUGGUCAUGAAUCUAGUGAUCGCCGUGAUUUUGGAAGGCUACGAGGAUGGCAAGGAGAGUCCAGCUUCAGAAGUUGUGGACGUCUGCGUCAAGCUGUGGCUGAAGCACGACCCGGACCACAGACUGUCGCUGCCGCUGGGAGAAGCUUUAAGCUUCAUCAACAAGGCUCUUAGAGAAGUUGACGGGCACCACAGCUACGCAUCUGCAUCCAAGAGCGAUCGUCCAGGCUCUUCAGGUUCCGGGUCUGGACUGCAUGUCCUGCAGUCGCUGCCGAUGAAGUACGUUGCCGCGCUCGACGUUCAGGUCGGCGAGAACGGACGGGUCCACUUCAUAUCAGCGUGCAAGCAGGUUAUGAGAUUCGUCUGCCUCGGAGACGAUCUGGCAAGUCUCGAGGACCUUGACACAGUUGAGGAACAUAUGGACAAGAAGCAGCGUGAGAAGUUGCGGAGGCUGAUCGAAAAGAGCGAGCUCCGCAUCCACAGCAAAAUUGCGAAAGACGGCCUAGCAGAAGGACUCAGCUUCGCGACCAGCAAAGGAAAGGAAGGCAAAGGCCUUGGCGCGGGCGGAGGGAAGGUCCCAAUGAAGGACUUGAAGCAGGAGGUGGCGGCUCUGAAGCUUCAGACGGCCUUCAAGGGAAUCCUGAGAGGCAAGAGCAAUGGAUCCUUGGACAAGGACAAGGCCAAAGCAAAGGAAGCCAAGGACGGGGAUGCAGCACCAUCCACGGCCCCCGCAGCUAAGGAGGCAACACCUUCGAAGCCGGAAGAUCGGCCCGUGGAAGGCGACGGCGGCUUGGGACAGGAUGCGCAUGGCCCGUUCUGCGGUGAACCGCUGGAGGAGGACAAUGUAUCUGUUUCCAAGUAUUCCCAUUGGAUUGCACGAAUUCAGUGUCUCACACGUUUCAUGAUUAUCUUGCCACGGGUAAAGAAGAUUCUGAGAUGUCAACGCCUGGACGCUUACGAGCACAUUUGUGUGGCUGUUUUUGUGGACAUGCACUACGAGGCAGGGCCAUAUCAGAAGGUGAACUUCAGUGUCUUGCCCACGUCCAGGUCGUGGACUCGCGUGAGUUGUGGAAGUUCAGACCCGAUCGAACGGCCGGGUGUGGGCCUGGCCCUGGGAACAUUCGGGCCGAGCCACGAGACGCUGGGCCGCACAGGCGCGCGAGAGUGCCUUGUCGAUGGCAGCGCGGUCUGCUGCGUGCGCUACAAGGAGAUCAAGGAAGAGGAGCCGAGCACGGCCUCGGGGCCCCAGCUGCUGGGCUUUGCAGAGCCCUCGGGAGGUCCUUACUUCAUUCUGGCCUUGUUGCUGGAUGUGAACAGUCUCUGUCGCAUGGAUGCUACGUGCCGAUUGCGCGGAGCCUAG